GGGGCGCAUAUCAGUUUGUGCCCACAGCUGGUCGCGCGUGCCUCGCAGCUGUGCCGACGACCGCACGGCCGGUGUGGACUCUUAGCCAAUCUCACAUACACACCCAUCCCCCUUUCUGACUCUCUUUCUCUGUCUCUCCCUCUCUCCCUAUUUUUUUCCGUCUAACCCGGUGAACGAAUCGACCGAGAGGCCAAAAUUUCGGAGCCGAAUGCAGCGAGUUUGAAAAUACACAUCGCUCCAACUAAGCAGAGGUCAGCCGCCAAGCCAAAAAGCCAGUUCGUCAAACUAGUCACACAGACAGCUAAUCUCAAAAUGUCUUUCACAAAAGCAUCACCCUCCAAUUUCCCAUGCGACUAUUACCCCGAAAGAAUGUCGGAGCACGAGCGAGAAAUGUUCCGUCAGAUCAUCAUCAUGGGCUCGGAAUCGCUGAGAAAGCUGCGAGAGAAGGCGGUGGAGUUCACGCCGAAACUGGCGUUGACUCAGUCAACCGAGUUCGAGCCCCACGGCUACGUCAGCUACGCCGAUCGCCAUGGGCUGGUUCAAUCGCUCAAGUACUUCAAGGUGUUUUUCGAUCAGAGCUCGCAGGUUCUCUGCGCCGCGGUCAACUUCGUCGAUCUCAUUCUCACGAAAACCAUGGUGAAGACCAGACAUCUGGAGAUUCUCGGCGUCGCGUCCUUCACCCUGGCGGCCUCGCUGUACUCCAAGGAGCCCGUCGACAUCGAUCGCGUGAUCCAACUGGCGAACUACCACUGCUCGCACAACGAAGUCCAGCGUAUGAUCAAAUUGCUCACGACGAAACUCAACUUGGAAUCCGAAUUACCCACGACCGUAUACGACUUCAUCACUUAUUAUGAAUUAAUUUGCGACAAUAUACUGAGCUCAUACGGUUAUGAGCCGUUCAUCGGAAAACUCUUAGUGCACAGUGAUUUGAGAUCGAGAAUGGAAUGGCUACUUUUGGACGACAAAUGCGUCUGCACCGAUCCAUCAUUGACAACGUUGGCUCUGUUUAUUUUGUACAUCAAUUAUUCUUGCGAUCAAUAUCUAAAGAAUCAUCAAAUCGCCAAAGGAGCUCCGACCAUAAUAGUCGAUCAGUACGAGAGAGUUGUAUCUAAUUUAAAAGAAAUAUGGUACAUUAUGAAUAAUGUGUUCCCCGAGUACCUUUUGAACUACUUUGGUGUUACGAAAGAAGCUUAUGAAGUUGUAAAGGACGAUGUAGCUGCUGCCUUAAAUUCAUACCACGAACAAGGACGUACAUUGUAUUGCCAACAAAAAGUCUGGAAAGUUGGCCAUCCACCGAAAAGAAUCUUAAGACCCUUGAAAAAGUUUGAAACCACUCUGCAAGCCAUCGAGGAGAAUCCUCCACCGAAACCCAAAACUUACUCCAGAAAAAGCCUUAAGUUCUCUCGUCGACGAGUUCACAAACGCCAUUGAAUUGAUGACACUCUUCACGAUGGCAUGCCAACCGCAUCGAUGAGGACUUGGUCAAGAAUAACGUUCUGAACAUUUUCAAGUGGAUCGGAAAAUUUUUGGGAAAAAAAUUGGGUUUGUUAAAGUAGUGUAUUACGUUACUUCGUAAUUAGUGAGCGUUUAGAAAUUGAAUUGAAAUAGAUUCACAGCAAUUAGCAGUAAUGCUACCGUUGUGAUUUACAAGAAUUAAAAGUUAAAAACAGUGAUAAAAUCUUUUAAAUGAAUAUUGUGAUAAACAGCUGGGUUUGGUUUUCCAAAUUAAAUAUCCACUACGUUAUUUUAAUAUUUUACUAUAACCAAAAGUAAUAUAUGUGUAUAUACAUAUGCGUAUACAUAAAAGUCAAAAAAAGAUUAAAUUAUUUAAGAUGAAAUCGAAAAAAAAAAUUAAUAAGAAAAAAUUCUAAAAAGAAAGUUUAUUAGUAUCGAUUAUAAUCUCAAUGUAAAAAAAGAAUCGCAAAAAGAAAUAUUCUAUUCAUGUGCAACAAGGUCAUAAUUAGAUAUGGAUCUAAUUAUGAUUAUGACUUGUUCCUACCUUCUUCAAGCGUUCUGAAAAAGUGCAAAAAAAUUACUAUAGUAUUGUAAUAUUUAAUUUCUUAGAUGAUUAUGUUUAAGUAAAAUUAAAAUAUUGUUGCAAUUAGAGAAAGACACUCAAAUGACACCUAGGUAUAUUGUAUAUACUAUUACUUUUCAAGUUUGAUUUAUUAAAUCAUUGAAAGUAAUAGUGUUUUUUAAUUGGCAAAUGAUUUGCUAAAAAAACUAGUGCUAGUCUCAAAAAUAUUUAAAAAAUUUAGUUUUGCGUUUCGACUAUAAUGCAUUUUCUUAUUUAAACUUGUACAUAACGGCUGAAUUUGGACCAAUGACUAUUAAGAA